AUGGAUAGUUCCACUGAAUAUGGCAUACCUGAAUCUAAUAAAUAUCGUCAACAUUUAACAAAAGGUGAAUAUUUACCAACUGGUUCAACUCGUAAAAUAAAAUUAUUACUUCAACGUUCACUUCGUUAUUCAUAUCGAAAACGAUGUUGUAAAUGUUGUCCAACAAUACUUUGUGAACUAUUAUUUCCUAUUAUCUUAAUAGCAUUAUUAGCUUUAAUCCNAAUAGAUGAUUUACGAAAGCCAAGUUCUUCAAAUUUGAUUUUGUUAAAAUUUUUAAUCAAUGAAAAUCAUCUUGAAACAAUUCAAAAAGAAUGUAUGAAAUUAUAUGAACAAGAAUAUAUUGAUGAUAAAAUUGGUCGAGUUAUUAAAGCAUAUUUACCAGAUUUACGUAGUAUUCUACUUGAUCUUACAGAUGCUAUUGAAGGACGUACAGCAGCACGUCAAAUACCCGAACCAACAAAAAUACAACCAUUCAAUCUUACUGCACCAAAAGCACGAAUCGUACCAAUACCAAAAAUUAUUCCAAAAUUAGAAAAAACUCGUACAGUGCCUAAAACAACUUAUGAACCAUCACGAGAACAUGUUGAAUUAGAAAAAAUUCGUGAGGAUAAUCAGCUUCGUGGUUUAAAUAAAUUAGAUCAAGCACGUACAUUAAAUUAUCAUUUUUUACAAACAGAAAAAUCAUCUAAAACACAAAAAAAAAUAACAAAAAUAAUUGAAGAUCGUAAUAAAAGUCUUCGAUUUGAUCAUUUUCGUGCAAAUCCACCACCAAAAACUGAAACAAAUAAAAUUCCAGUUAAAUUAAAUAUUGCUACUAUAUUAAAAGAAAGUCAAUUAUAUAAAAAACAAGAAGAUGAUGUUCGUCGACGUUUACUUGAUUUUGAAGCUGGUGGAAAAGAUGGACAAGAAUUUUUUCAAUGGCAAGAAACAAUGCAAAAACAAGAUUAUGAUGAACAAAUGAAUAUAAUUGAGCGAAAAAGACUAGAAGGAAAAAUGAGUUAUGAAGAAGCUAUACUUGCACGACAACGUUUAGCAGAUGAAAAUCGACGUUUAGCUGAUGAAUUAAGACGUCAAACACGUGAGACUAUUGAAAAUCAUGUUAAAGAAAAAGUUAAAGAAGAACAACGAAUGAAACAAUUAAUUGAUGAAGUUGUUAAUGGAAGAGAAAAUGCAAAGCUUGCUCAACAAAAACUUCAACAAUAUAAAGCUGAUUUUGUUAAACAAUAUAAAGAAGAACAUAAACAAUUAAUGAAACAAGCGCUUGAAGAGGCUGAAGCAGAAAUGCGACAACGUGCUGAAUUAAUUCAACAAAUUCGUGUUCUUGAAUCAGUUCCCAUUGAUCGAUGGAAACCAGUUGAUCUAACAUCGAUAGCUGGACAUGGUGUACAUGAUGAAAUGUCAAUAGCUGAAUUACGUGAACGUCUUGAAUUAAUAAAACUUGAACGAGAAAAAGAACGAGAAUCACGACGUGAUCAAAUAGUUAAAGAUAAACAAGUUAAAGAACAUUUGAUUACAAAUACAGUUCAAAAUAUAGUUAAAUAUCGAAACGAAUUAACUACGCAAACUGCUAAGAAAAAACAACGACAAGCAAGUGCACCAUCAAAUUUUAAUAAAAAUCCUGAAAUAGAGCAAUUAAAACAAAAUAUUGAAUUGAGAAAAACUCAACGUUUAUCACGACAACAACAAACGCGUGAAACUCUUUCAUCACUUUCAAUUGCGUCUGUACCAUCAUCGGGACGUAAUACAGCAUUUCGAUCAAAUACAGAAUGGAAUCGCUUUAAUCAAUUAGAAAAAUCAUACGAUAAAACACAAAAACGUAUUGCACCAUCUCUUAUUGCCUAA